UUUGGAUUGUAUUGCGACACAAGCCAUCACAUACGAUCCACAGAAACGACAACACGAUCGAACACUGCUACUUCGAUCCUGGUAUCGAGAGAAAAGUCUACGCCUCCAACACACAUCCAAGGAUUACAAGCACCUUCAACGCCUAAAAUCAUGGCAAACCUAGAAGACCAGGUGCUCGAGAACGGCGACAGCCCAGGCGAGGAGGCAAAGGGCGAUGCCAGAGACCCGAGCGGUUUCCUCAGCGAGAUCAUCGGUGCCCCAGUGACCAUAAAGCUGAACUCUGGAGCCGUGUACAAGGGAGACCUCCAAUCCGUGGACGGCUAUAUGAACAUCGCACUCGAGCGUUGCAGAGAGAUCUCCGAGGGAAAGGUGAUCAGGAAUUGGGGAGACGCCUUCGUGCGCGGCAACAACGUCACGUACAUCUCUGCU